GGUACGUCACAACUCUGACGUUGCCCUAUUGAAGUUGACGUGUAAAAUGGUUAGGUUUAGGGUUACGGUUGUGGUAAGGUAAUGUUAGGGACGUCCCAAGGAUUCCAGAAAGAACUAACCCAAGUGAGAGGGCGGUAGUUGGGCGGAGCGUCGCAGUAACUACAAGCAGAACCUGACCCCUUUGAAAGCACAGCGGAUAGAAAUUGUGAAAAUAGCAGGCUCGCUAUCUAGAAGAAGGUGCUGUCUUUCCAACCAUAUUUCGAAUAAACGAGGGAGCCAACAGACCUGGUGAUGAACGGUGACUCAGGUGCUGGGGUGGUGACUGCCCUCCCGCCCACCACCGCCCCCCACAAGGAGCGCUACUUUGACCGUGUGGAUGAAAGCAGCCUAGAGUACCGGCGUGAGAGAAACAUGGCUCCAGACCUCAGACAGGAUUUCAACAUGAUGGAGCAGAGGAAGAGGGUCUCCAUGAUCCUGCAGAGCCCGGCGUUUUGUGAUGAGCUGGAUACAAUGAUCCAUGACCAGCUGAAGAGGGGAAAGACCCCCACCAGCCUGUUGGCCCUGCAGCAGAUAGCUGAUUUCAUGACCACCACUAUCCCCACCAUGUACCCUGCAGCGCCACAGGGAGGCAUGGCUGCACUCAACAUGACACCCCAGGGAGCCAUGACUGCCCUCAACAUGAGUCUGGGUAUGGUAACUCCAGUGAAUGACCUGCGUGGAUCUGACUCUAUCUCCUAUGAGAAAGGAGAGAAACUGCUUCGUUGUAAGCUAGCUGCCUUCUACCGCCUGACAGACCUCUUUGGCUGGUCCCAGCUCAUCUACAACCACUUAACCGUCAGGGUGAAUUCAGAUCAGGAGAGGUUCAUUAUUGUCCCUUUUGGGCUUCUGUACAGUGAAGUCUCCGCCUCCAGUCUGGUGAAGAUUAAUAUGCAAGGGGAGAUUGUGGACCGGGGGAGCACCAAUCUAGGGGUCAACCAGGCUGGCUUCACUCUCCACUCAGCCAUCUAUGCAGCCCGGCCAGACGUUAAGUGCAUUGUGCACGUCCACACACCGGCAGGAGCUGCAGUGUCGGCCAUGAAGUGUGGCCUGUUACCCAUCUCUCCAGAGGCCCUGACCCUGGGGGAGGUGGCUUACCAUGACUAUCACGGCAUCAUCAUAGACAAAGAGGAGAACGUCCUCAUACAGAAGAACCUGGGGCCAACCAGCAAGGUUCUGAUCCUGAGAAACCAUGGUUUGGUGUCUGUUGGGGAGACUGUGGAGGAAGCCUUCUACUAUAUCCACAACCUGGUCACUGCAUGUGAGAUCCAGGUGCGCACCCUAGCCAGUGCUGGAGGACCUGGUAACCUGGUGAUGCUGGACCCUGCUAAGUACAAAUCCCGGCCACGGUGCUCUGUGCAUGUCGAGGGCUCCACACACCCGAAGUGGCUGGUCGGGGAGCAGGAGUUUGAGGCUUACAUGAGGAUGCUGGAUAACCUGGGUUACAGGACAGGCUACCCUUACAGGUGCCCUGCCCUGCGAGACAAAGCUAAAAAGUUCAGCAGCGACAUAGAGAUCGCUCCCUCGGCCACGGGCUAUUCCUAUGCCGAGGACAGUGAUUCGGGCGCUCGCUCCCCUCUCAAGCACAGCUUUCAGAGGCAGCAGCGUGACAAGACCCGCUGGCCCAACUCGGGCCGGCCGGAAGAGGCCUACGAGGAAGGGCCCGACGGUGGCAGCCCCAAGUCGAAGACUAAGGUGUGGACGAACAUUACACACGAUCACGUCAAACCCUUGCUGCAGUCUCUCUCGUCCGGUGUCUGCGUGCCAAGCUGUAUUACCAACUGCUUGUGGACGAAUGAGGAAGGAAUGCGACAGGCUGCAGUAGCCAAUCAGUUUGUCCCGCUCAACACAAACCCCAAGGAGGUGCUGGAGAUGAGGAACAAGAUCCGAGAGCAGAACCUUAAGGACAUCAAGACUGCAGGGCCUGAGUCCCAGGUGCUGUGUGCUGGAAGCAUAGUGGACCGCUCCUUUGUCCAGGACGCCCCUCUGUCUGACUGUACGGACACUAUUGCCAGCCUCGAUCUGUCAGAGGCCAAUAGUCCUGCUAAGUCUUUUAGAAAGGGAGAGCUGGUGACAGCGUCUAAGGCCAUCAUAGAGAAGGAGUACCAGCCCAGAGUCAUCAUCAACCAGAAAGGCCCCAACCCCUUCAACAAGCAGUUCGACCAGGAGCUGGAGGAAUACCGCAAGGAGGUGGAACUCAAACAGAAAGGACCCGAUGUACAGGGCGAAGGGUCCUCCACAGCCAGGACAGAGCUCCCUUCACCUGGGCCUGGGGAGGGAGGCCUGUCCCCCUCUACCUCCCCACAGAAGCCUGCACUGAAGCCAAAGCCCUGCUGUGUCCCAGAGAAGGGACUGGAUGUUUCAGAGACCCCCCCCACAGCCUCCACGGCCACCCCUACCACCACCACCUCUUUCCCCAGCCGAGACACCCUGACACAGUCGGGGGAUGGUCAGGAGAGCCCUGGGACGUCCACAGGGUCGGGGCCCAGGGCCUACGGGGGAGAUUCCCGCCCGGAGUCUCCUCACAAGGAUUUUCACUGUGCCGUGCUGAAGGCUCUCAGAACCACCAACACAGAACUGGCUGCCCUCACCCUCCUUGAGGCUCCAGAUGCGUUACUGGAGCCUGAGGAAGAGGUGAAGGGUCAGAGUCAGACCUGUACGCCCCCCAGCACCCCUGUCAGAGCAGAGGAAGGAGAUGGAAAUGCUAGAGAGUACCUGUUGCCAUAGUAAAGCCCCAGCCGGAGCACACCUAUAAGUAUGAGAGUGACCAGGCUCCACUGAGACAGACCCUCCCUGACCUGACCCAAGACGACGAACCCUCCGCCACCCCAGCCCCCACCCUCCCCGCCAAAGACCCCACUCCUGUCCCUCCCGCCACCACUGAGGGAGAGGGGCCUGCUGACGCUUCCGCCGCCGGCAACCAAGACUGUGAACAGGACGGUGACGAAUAUCCCAGCAAAUCACCUUCCAAGAAGAAGAAGACGUUCCGCACUCCCUCCUUCCUCAAGAAAAACAAAAAGAAGAUGGAAGAAAAGGAACAAAAAGCAAAGGAACCCUAGAUGAGACCUCCGCCUGCACACCCCUCUCACGCUUUGUAACCCUUUGCUUCCCCUUGAGCGAGCCACAACCCACAUCAUUUGAUGUUGAUGCUUUUUAUAAUUUGUUUGUCUGGCAUUACAACUUUGUGGGCACCUCCAAGUGUGUGCUAAUUUUCUAUAAAAAAAGGGUCAAAAUCACUUACGAAGUUUUAAUAAGUCGCUUUCAUUGGUGAAUGACUGUGCAUUAAGUCUGGUUCAGUGUGGCUUGUUACGCAUGCUGUCUAUUUAGGCCCACUACUUGGAGUGAGCAGUGCAUUUUUAUUUUCAAAUUAUUCUUAUUUUUUAAUACUUACUGAAACUCGAUUAACCACUACAAUGUUUUGGGAUUGUAUCAAAGUCCCCCCCCCCCAAAAAAAAUAUGAAAAUAAGCUUUUACUCUGUCAUUUAACUGGUGGUAACCGAUUCAAAAUGUAUAACUACAAAUGAACUGCAUGGUGCUAAUUUCUGAUUUCUAACAUUAGCGUGAAAUCUGUUCACUCAAACAUGGGGUCCAAGUUAGGUUUCUCUUGGCCAAGAACUCAAAUCAUGUCAAGAAUAGCAUAACAACUCUUAAUCUGAAUUUGACAUUCUGUCAUUCCCGUACCUCUUCCAUCAACCAGGGUUUAGUGGCACCUGGUGAGAGGGAGGACUGCUGCUCCAAUCACAAAGAGACAAACAAACGGGACCUAAGAGGACAGAUACAGUACUAGACAGAGAAUACAAAUGUAUUUUAUAUAGUUAAUGAUAUAGCUAUAGUCAAUAUAUUUUGUUAUUCAAAAAAAAAUCUUCAUUUAGCCAUUUUCACUUGCUGUGAGAGCACUGUGAACUGAAGCACCACAGCCUGGACUGCUGUUUUUAUAACCGUUGCUUUUAGAGGAAACAGUAGGUCAGCCUGGAUCCAAACUGAAAGUCAAAAAGAACAAUUCAGUCUGGAUUCAGGCUACCGAUAAGUAUAUAGGGAAUGUUGGAAUACAGUUGUUUUGAAGCCACAUCGCACCAUUUUAACACUGCAUGCAUGAUCAGUGACCACACUGCAAUGGACUACUCUCUGAACCCCCUCUGAAAUGAAAUAACUGUCUCAAGAAAACAUCUCGCUUUCAAGUUGCAUUCAAGAUACUGGAGUUCAUGUAAUCUAUCUGUUGGUGUGAUCUUACAGCCUGGUCCCAGAUCUAUUUGUGCUGUCACACCAAACAAUGGCAAUAGGAAUGGACGAAAUGACACAUCUGGGACAAGGCUAGCGAUCUUACACCUUGGCUUUUUUAAAAAAAGUUGUCGGGCAGAGGGGCAUUGAUACCGGACCAAUGUCAUGAAUGAAUCCCACUUGCCUGUGAAGCUUGGUUUUAGACCACUAUCAAAACCUAGCCUGGUCCCAAUUCUGUUAGUGCUGUCUUUACCAAUGGCAUAAAGGACCAUAGGUGUUGGCAAGAUGGCACAAAUGGAUCUAUGACCAGGCUACUAUUAACCUGGUAUAUUACAUGAUUGAUGCAAGCUGAGGACAUUAGCCUGUUCCCUGAAGAACCGCAUGGCAUUAAACUAAGGCCUUGUAUUGUUUGUUGUCUCUACAUUAUGACUGUAACUCCCUUUUACUUAUUGUUAAUAACUCCCUUUUACUUAUUGUUAGUAUUAUUAGCACAAUAAUAGCAAAGUCCUUAGUCAUUUCUUCACUUUAAGUCACUUAGAAUUGUUUUAAACUUGCAGCUAAGCUGUUCCCCCAUUACACAAAUGUGUAAUUAUACCAUUUAUAGACUACCAUCUUUUUCACUGUACUGUUUAUUUUUGUUCAAUCAUUAAUAAAAAUCCUUCCUUCAAACAA